GAAAUGGUGAAGAUGAACUCGGCGGUGGAUUGUCUAAAAAGUCCUGGAAGAGUUAAUGAAGAAGACAGCCCUCAAAUGUGGAAGGAGAGCGUGGAUAAAGUGAAUCAUGGGAAUGUUCUCCUCACCCACGGCCUUCGUCAUGUCCUCCACCUCUCCUGUAAAGACCCCAUUUGUCACAUGACCUGUGGUCAGGGUGCCGGAGGCUUCACUAGUCUCCACAGUAGUGGUAAUGUGCAGUUCUAUUAUCCCGAUGGCCAUCUUAGAGAUCCAUCUUUACGCCGAUCCCACACCAUCCACUAUGCUGGACUCACCUCCACACAUCUGGCAGGCAGACUGGUUGGCUGGGGACCUGGGGCCAUUCUCACUGUACUAGAUGCAGAACUGAAUCCUCUGGUUCAUGCUGUGGAACCCAUGGAUGUGAGAGUGUGCAAGAUUUUGGAGCACUCUAAUGAGCUUGUCACAGCCGGAAUGGGAAAUGUAUGUGUGUGGUGCCUUACACACUUGAUAUGUCGCAAACGGGUGGUGGAGGGUUUGGGGAGACACAUUGUUUUCACACAUCUAGCACUGGUGCCUAGCAGGACUCAGCAGGACCGCAGAGCACUGGCAGCAUAUGGACGAGCUGUAGUUGUGCUGGACCUUACAAAGGGAUGUAUUAUGGAGCACAAGAAGAACCUCCAUUUAAGGGAAAUCACAGGGAUGGUCUACUGUCCCCUCAGGGAAAUUGUAGUUACUGCAUCAGAUAUGACAAUCCGAGUGUGGGGACUAGACUGGGAGCUUCAGAUGGUUUUUGUUGGACAUACAGCUCUAGUCACUUCCCUAGUUCUGUGUCCUGUCUCUGGCCUGUUGUUUUCAUCUUCUCUUGAUGGCACUUUGAGAUGCUGGAGGCCUGAAGUUGGAGACCAGGUCCAGACUGUAUCGAUUCCUAAUGGGUCCUCACCUCCUCUUCUCAUGGGAGGCCCAGACAGUGCUGGCACCUUCUUCUCAUACUCCACCAACAGUGUGGACUUCUGGACCUUCAACAGCCUCUACAAUCUACACUGCAGACUGGAUCGAUUCCUGGGAGGUCCUAUCCGCCAAAUCUUGACCCCACCUAGCCCCCCUUCCAUCCAAGCAUGUGUAGUUUGUAUCCAUGGAAACAGUGAUGUCACAGUUGUUGCGGCAGAGACCGGUGCAGUGCUCACUAGGUUCCAAGCCAAUGGAAGAGUAAGGUGUGCUGAUUACUGUGUGCCUAAGGAGCGCCUAUUGGUCCUGACUGAGGAUGGGGUGGUAUCUAUUGCUAGUACUUUGACCAGUCCAGUAACAAUACUGGAUGAGUGGCAUGGGAUAGAGCAUUGGGAUUGGUCAGGUGGGCAGGUGGAGGCAAUCAUAGGCACCGUGUGCUGCAUGGUGUUAUACAGUGACGUUACAGAUGCACAAAGUGGACAGGAGGAAUGGAGAUCCUUACAGAGGCAGAGAGUACAGAAGCCACAAAAGAAUAAACUUCUACAUGAUGCAAAAAACAGGUUUCUUGUUAUACUGGGCCAUUGUGGUGGAUGUGUCUCUGUGCUCAACAUGCUAUCAGGCAAAGUCCAGUUCAGGACUUCUGCUCACAACAACCAAAACAUCAUCAGCAUGCAGGCACACCCCAACAGUGGCUACCUGCUGACUGCAGGCGAAGAUAAAGCUCUGCUGGUCUGGCGUGUGUUCCCAUGUGCUCAGCAGUGUUUGAGUCUCCAUUUCAGCAUGUUGUGUGAUCUGCCUCCUAUUUCGAUGGCACUGAUGGGAACUCAACUCACCCUCGCUUUACAAGAUCCAGAGAAUGACUCCUAUAGCCUGGUGCAGUACAGUUUAAAGAGCCAAAGCCGAUCUGACCAGCAACCAAAUGAAGAGCAUCACAACAAAAUCACAGGGCUGUGUGCAUGUUAUCAGCUCAGCGUGUUUGCUUCAAGCAGUCAGGAUGGGACUGUACGAAUCUGGGAUAUGGAAAAUCGCCUUCUAAGAAUUCUUGACCUGAGCGCAAAUCCAGAGUGUUUGGCGUACUGUGAGGGUGGAGACCUGCUAUUAGGCAUCACAGGAGACCUCUACAGAAUCCGACUCACACAGCUACUUCCUCCUGACUGCAGGACACAAAAAUGUGAUCCAGACUCUCAAUUACCAAAAUCCUGGAUCCCAAUCAUGAACCACAACAUCAGGACAGAGAGUUGCCAUGUUGCUAAAAAGGAUGGUUCUGAAAGGCUCGACAGGAUAAAACAUUCAGACUUUGGGGCUCUCGUGGCAAGACAUAAAGAUCUGGAAUCCCUACUAAAAGGAGAGGUUGAGUGCAGAAGGAGAAAAGCAGCCACCAUGCAAACCAAACAAGAGGCUUUCAAUAAUUACCUGCGUCUAAUUUACAGGCAACCCCUCCAAAUAAGAAUUGAACUUGAUGAAGUGCAACUCUUGUGUACUGAAGAGGAGGAAAAGAAGGGGAGGGGAAAUGCCGACAUACAUCUUACACCCAUCACAGAGACUCCAUCUACAAAGAAGAGCCCUCUUCCACCCAGAUCAACAGCAGAGAAACUCAGAGAAAAAAUAUACACUCCACCAAAGCCCCUUCCACCAAUACAGUGUCCUACACUCCCUCCGACUCCACCCUCUGAGUCUGCACCACCUUCACUCAGCCCUGUACCACCCUUGCCCAUCACAGAGACUUCAUCUACACAGAAGAGUCCUCUUCCACCCACAACAGCAACAGAGAAACUCAUAUACCCACCACCAAAGACCAUUCCACCAAUUAAGUGUCCUCUGACUCCACCCUCCAAGUCUGCACCACCUUCACCGCCCCUUGCCCCACCCACUCCACCUAAACAACCCACAUCCUUGCCUCCUCCGCCCUCAUCAUCUUAUCUGCCAGAGUUCCUCCUGCAGUUUGUGGAUGAGAAGUGGUUUCAAAAGAUGUUCCCUGAUUUGAGUUGUAUUUCUUUAGGCCCCAAUGAAUUCUGCAUGCUUCUUUUGGACUUCAUGAUGUCUUGCAGCAUGGCUCAGAAGAAUAGCAUUGUGAAUGCAUUACUUAUGUUAAUUCAGCAGGAGGUGUUGGACAAAAUAUCUCUCAGCAAAAGACUGCUGGUUUGCCUGGAAAAUUGCAUUCGCAAAAACAUGUCAAGGGAGGAACAGCAUUUUGUCGGUGAGCUACUGAAUUUGAUGGUGUAUCUGAGUCCUGACAGUUUUAACACCAUUGUGGAGCUACUCGCCAUGUUGGCAGAUAAACAAGUUGAUCUUAAGGCUUUAGUUCUGUGUAUUUUACAAAGAAUGGGUGUGGAGGAGGCUGAAAUGUGGUUAUGUCCAGAAUUCGAGUCCUGGAACUCUCUGACAAAGCAUCAGCCUAACCAGCACUGCAUUCUUCGAGAUAUGGCCAGCAACUGGCUGCUUACCUGGACCAGAAAGUACAAGGUGCACAAAAGGUCUGUGUUCUUGCAGAGUGAAGGAGUACAGAGUAUGUGCACUCCUGUGGAGGUGCUCGUUUAUUUCUGCUCUGUGCAAAGAAGCAAACAACCCCGACCACUGCCACCUCCACCAGAGGGCAGGAAGGAUGCUGUUAUUGUACCGUCAGACUUGGAUAGUCUGAAGCCUAUUCAGCGCCUGGGAGAGACAUACAGUAUGUCUAGGAUACGGGAGCCUCAAGGGCGUCUGCUGCCACCAUUGCCAUAUCGACCUGCAUUGAUGGGUUUCACCCGGUUCCUCUCUCUACCAAUGGCGUAUGUCACGUUAUCUCCAUUCCCCUUUUCUCUGGAUUUUCAGAACUUCAAACGCCCCUCACCACAAAGAUACUUCUUCCUGGAACGCUCCUAUGUAGAGUAUUAUAGAUAGGAGCUGAUUAUUACAAAACGCAUAACAUGAAAGCUUUAAAAGAGUACUAUACCUGAUUCUCUCUAUGAUGCAUUAAUGACAUGAAAUAAAUCAUUAAUAAUCAAUAAUAAAUGUAUUAGUCAACUUUGUUUCUCCAAUGUAUAGAAACAAUUCCUUUAUCAUCUUGAAAAUGUGCAGUUAUUGAAUGUUUGAAAAAAAACUACUGGUUUUAUUGUGGAAAGAUACAGUGUGAAUGCUAGCGCUUUGAAAAGCAGUCAGUUAAUCGAGACACUGAGAAGUGAGAACAGAGUUCCAGUAUCCUAAAUAAGAUAUUGUGACAUUCAUUGACUACAGGAUACAUUUUAAUGGCUGUAAUUAUUUUAA